UGUGUUUAACUUAAAACUUUUGUUGUCAACACAGACUGUUUACUGUCCACUUCAAGGUAUUAGAAAGUUUCUAUUGGACAAAAACUAGCUAAAAAUGGACUUCAGCAGUGAAUUGCGCGACGACCCAAGCGAUUCCCGAACUGAAGAAGAAAGAAGAAUUCCAGAUUACUGUCAAGCUAUCCGGUUUAAAGGAUCAAACGGUCAAGUGAAGGAACUUUUGUUUCCAAAAGGAUUAGACUUGGAUAGACCAAAACGUGCAAGAACCACCUUUUCUUCUGCUCAACUUCAAAGUUUGGAAGAGGAAUUUCGAAAUAAUCAGUACCUUGUGGGAAAAGAGAGGACAAAGCUAGCACAAAGGCUUGGUCUUUCCGAAACACAGGUGAAGGUCUGGUUUCAAAAUCGACGAACCAAACACAAACGAGAAAAGUCCCGCGAGGAGGAGCAGCGGAAACUCAGUGCCGAAACUAUGGCAACUUGCAACAUUCUUCGUUUACUCCAAAAUCAUAGCACCGCUCUUCCACCUACUACUCCCACCCCGAGUGUCCAACGAUCAGUUCACAACCCUUCCUCUCCCGUUUUGUUCCGUCCGUUUUUUGGCCCAUACUGCAGGUGAAUGAUUAACAUUUUAGCCACAGCUACCAUUUGCAUC